CACUUUUUUUCCCUACUCUCUCUCUAGUCUACAAAGAGAAACAGAAAGAGUGGUUUUUUUAUUUUUUUAUAGGGCAAAUUAAUAAUAAAAUACUAAUAGUAUAGAACACCCUUUUGUGUGAAUGACUCUUUGGAAAGUCCAUGCAUUCUAGAGAGAGAGAGAGAUAUAUAUAAAACAAAGCCAAGAUCAGAGGACCCUUUUGUGUGAAUUUAUUAGUUUCUGAGUAAAAAAGCAAAAAUGGUUGGAAUUUUCUCAAGGUUUUCUGCCAGCAGGGCUGGCCAUCGAAGAACACAAAGUGCACUUGAUGAGAGGGAAGUUUUGCCUCCAAAUUCAGAGGUUACAGGUGCAGCUACUGCUGUCACUGCUGCUUCUCAUGGGAUAGAAGUAGCAGUGGAGUUUAAGCCAGUUGAGCAUCCGAGUGAACCUCUUGACACUGAUAAACCAAUUCAAUGUCCAUUACCUGAACCUUCAAUUCUUAAUACUAGUCCUGGACAUGUCACACUCACAGCAGAAAAUUCUGGCAUUCAAAAUGGUGGCGAAAUUAAACUUGAAGUUGAGGAUAAGUGCAAGGAUGAAGACGCAUAUGUUGCUAAUCCACCACUUUCCCAGAACUCACUUCAGAACCAAAAUGCAAAGGAUAUUUCUAUCAAAAUAGAAAGUGAACUGAAAGAGACAGAACUGUAUCUUGAAACACUAUACAAGAAACCUGGCAAACAUGAUUUCUACUGCCCUAAUUGUAAAGUUUGCAUCGACAAGGUCCUUAUUCGUAGUGAAGAAGUGAAGUGCCCAACAUGCUUCGAAUUCCUCAAACCUAUAGGCGAAUGGAUCUUUGGUGAGUGGAAAUCUUCUAAACGAGGUAUUACAUAUGCUGUGAUAUUUCAGAAUGUUGGGAAAUAUUCUGUUUUCAUAGGUUCAGAAAAUGAUCGCGAGAUUCCACACAUUGACAAAAGUCCAUAUAAUAAUGCAGCACCACCAUCAACUAGUGCAAUCACAAGUUUAAGUGCUGUUCCAUUUGCAGCCAGUGCAGAUGCUGCUACAAGUAAGCGCUUAGCAUUUCCACUAUAA